AUGUCUAAUAUCGUUCUUAUCACAGGUGCCAGCCGUGGCCUGGGAAAUGGCCUCCUCAAAAGAUAUCUCAAACUUCCUAACCACACCGUCAUCGCGGCCAACCGCAACCCUGACCAUCUCACCUCCAAAGAGCUCUUAAAGCUCCCUACUGCAGAUAGCAGCAGACUGAUCAUAAUCAAGAUAGAUGGUCGCAUCUGGCAGGAUGCCUUCACUGCUGUCGAAACACUCAAAACCCACGGCAUUCAACAUCUUGACAUUGUCAUUGCCAAUGCUGGCGUGGCUUAUUGCUACCCCACAGUUGCAGAGCUGAGAGAGAUUGACUUCGCUGCCCAUAUGGAGACCAACGCAUAUGGCGUGGUUUCAUUGUAUCAGGCUGUACGUCCGCUUUUGCAGAAGUCGACUAGGGAACCCAUCUUUGUACCUAUGGGGACCACUGCCAGCAGUCUAACUGCUCGACUUCCGUUCCCUAACGCUGCUUAUGGACCGUCCAAGGCGGCGGCUGCCUGGUUGACUAUUCAGAUCAACGACGAGGAUAAAUGGCUACAUACGUUUGCACUGGUGCCAGGCUGGGUGCACACCGAUAUGGGGGAUUGUGGAGCGGCGGCCUUCAACGUCGAUGCAGAAACAGUGAAAGCAUUAAUGAUCGAUGUAGACACAUCCUGCAACGGCAUAAUGCAGGUGCUAUCUACGACAACUAAGGCUGAGCACGGCGGAAAGUUGGUGGUGUACGAUGGAACCACACUUUCUUGGUGA